UCAUGUGAUUUAUUUUACUGUGUAAUUGCAGACUUCUUCGUCCUUCUUGCUCAUCAACUUUCAAGUAAAUCAUUGUUGCAUAAUGGACAAGGAACCUCUUAUGAACGAUCCAGAAUCAGAUCCUCCGCCUGCAUAUAAUGUACAAUCAAGCCAGGCUUAUUACCCUCCUUUUGGGUAUCCACAUCCUGACAACAGAGCACCUGUACAUGUGUAUACUCAUCAGCCAGUGAUGUCAACUGCAAUGAUGACAACUGUUGAAGGGGUGCCAUCUGACUACUUGUAUCUGUCCAUUUUAAGUCUGAUUUGUUGCUGGCCGGUCGGUUUGUUUGCAGUUCUAAUGGCUAUUAAGACUCGUGAUAUGAUUGCGCAUGGAAACGUGGAUGGAGCAAAGGAAACAUCAAGAAAGGCUCGACGUAUUGCCAUUCCGGGGGUGGUAAUUGGUUGCAUGUUGUUUGCAGCUUCUGUCAUCAUCAAUAUCGCAGUUAGGAUUUAGACUUCAACGUGUCUUGACAAUAAAUGCAGGAUAUGACGUCAGUUGCUUAGUUGUUUGCUAGACUGUCAUGUUUGCUAAUGAUUGAUUAAAUUGUGACGUUGUUUUAUGUACUAUGGUACUUAUGUGGACAAAUUUCUGAUAGUGUUGUAGACGAUGCCAAACGGAUUCAGGCAUGGGGUACGUGCCUCACGCCCCCUUCAGAG